CAUUUGACCUGUGUCACGUGAUGCUGGCGCAAAAAUGUCUACCACAUUAAUGUUUUGUAGACAGUAGCUACUAAAGAAAAUGCUUUAACUUGGGAAUUGUAGUCGGUUAAUUUACUUUGUUUUCUCAGGAAGGAUAACUAAUUCAAACCCACUUUAAAUGCGUUUAUAGUGAAGAAAAAUGACCUCGAUUAUAAAGCUGACGGCCGUGUCAGGGGUUCAGGAGGAGUCCGCCCUCUGUUAUCUCCUGCAGGUGGAUGAAUUUCGCAUCCUCUUGGACUGUGGAUGGGACGAACAUUUUUCAAUGGACAUCAUUGAUGCCAUGAAGCGCUAUGUUCAUCAGGUUGAUGCAGUUCUUCUCUCACACCCUGACCCCAUUCACCUCGGAGCCCUCCCUUAUGCCGUGGGCAAAUUGGGCCUCAACUGUACCAUCUAUGCCACAAUUCCUGUCUACAAGAUGGGUCAGAUGUUCAUGUAUGAUCUGUAUCAGUCUCGAAACAACAGUGAAGACUUCACACUUUUCACCCUGGAUGAUGUCGACAGCGCUUUUGACAAAAUCCAGCAGUUAAAAUACUCUCAGAUUGUCAAUUUGAAAGGAAAAGGCCAUGGUCUUUCCAUCACUCCUCUUCCAGCUGGACACAUGAUUGGAGGAACCAUCUGGAAAAUUGUCAAGGAUGGAGAGGAGGAGAUUGUAUAUGCUGUGGAUUUCAACCACAAGAGAGAAAUCCACCUCAACGGCUGCACGUUAGAAAGCAUCAACCGACCGUCAUUACUCAUCACAGAUUCCUUCAAUGCUACAUAUGUACAACCGCGCCGUAAACAAAGAGACGAGCAGCUGCUCACAAAUGUAAUGGAGACUCUGCGUGGAGACGGUAAUGUUCUUAUCGCUGUUGAUACGGCUGGUCGCGUUCUGGAGCUGGCUCAGCUUCUUGACCAAAUCUGGAGAACGAAGGAUGCUGGGCUGGGAACUUAUCCUCUUGCUCUGCUCAACAAUGUCAGCUAUAAUGUGGUGGAGUUUUCCAAAUCUCAGGUGGAGUGGAUGAGUGACAAGCUCAUGAGGUGUUUUGAGGACAAGAGAAACAAUCCAUUCCAGUUCAGACACUUGAACCUGUGCCACAGUCUGGCAGACCUUGCUCGAGUGCCCAGCCCUAAAGUGGUACUUUGCAGCCAGCCAGACCUGGAGUCCGGCUUUUCCAGAGAACUCUUUAUCCAGUGGUGUCAAAACAGCAAAAACUCCAUCAUCCUAACUUACCGCACUACGCCUGGGACACUGGGACGCUACCUCAUUGACCACCCCGGAGAAAAGAUGCUCGAUCUGGAAGUCAGAAAAAGGGUGAAGCUUGAAGGAAAAGAGUUGGAAGAAUAUCUUGAAAAGGAAAAAAUAAAGAAAGAAGCGGCAAAGAAGCUUGAACAAGCAAAAGAGGUGGAUGUGGAUUCCAGCGACGAGAGCGACAUGGAAGAUGACCUGGAUCAGCCGGUUGCAGUGAAAACCAAGCAUCACGAUCUGAUGAUGAAGAGCGAGGGGAGCCGGAAGGGCAGCUUCUUCAAACAAGCUAAGAAGUCCUAUCCAAUGUUCCCAACGCACGAGGAGAGAAUCAAAUGGGAUGAAUAUGGAGAAAUCAUUCGGCUUGAGGACUUUCUGGUUCCUGAACUACAAGCCGCUGAAGAUGAAAAGAGCAAACUGGACUCUGGGCUGACAAAUGGAGAUGAACCCAUGGACCAGGAUCUAUCUGUGGUUCCCACCAAAUGCAUUUCAAACAUGGAAAAUCUAGAAAUAAGAGCACGCAUCACAUACAUAGACUACGAAGGCCGCUCUGAUGGCGACUCCAUAAAAAAGAUUAUCAAUCAGAUGAAACCCAGACAGCUUGUUAUUGUUCACGGGCCUCCAGAAGCCAGUCAGGACCUGGCCGAGUCCUGCAAGGCGUUCAGCAAAGACAUCAAAGUCUACACACCCAAGCUGCAGGAAACGGUGGACGCUACCAGUGAGACACAUAUUUACCAGGUGCGUUUGAAAGACUCCCUGGUGAGCUCUCUGCAGUUCUGCAAGGCCAAAGACACGGAGCUGGCGUGGAUCGAUGGAGUGCUGGACAUGCGCGUGGUGAAGGUAGAUACCGGUGUGAUGCUGGAGGACAGAGUGAAGGAAGAGGAGGAAGAUGGCGAGAUGCCCAUGGAGACAGGACAGGAGGUUGGCAUCGACCACAAUGCCACAGCGGUGGCGGCCCAGCGUGCCAUGAAGAACCUGUUCGGAGAGGAUGAGAAGGAGGUGUCCGAGGAGAGUGACGUCAUUCCAACGCUGGAGCCACUUCCUCUGACUGAGAUUCCGGGCCAUCAGGCUGUGUUCAUCAACGAGCCUCGGCUGUCUGACUUUAAGCAGGUCCUGCUGAGAGAGGGCAUCCAGGCCGAGUUUGUGGGAGGAGUGUUGGUGUGCAACAACAUGGUGGCUGUCCGCAGGACGGAAGCCGGACGCAUCGGCUUGGAAGGCUGCCUGUGUGACGACUACUACAAGAUCCGGGAGCUGCUGUAUCAGCAGUACGCUGUUGUAUAGCAGCAGCAGCAGAAAACUCCCAACAAAACAGAAAAACAAAAUACUUCAGGCAUUUCAGCACAAACGUUGGACAUUGCUCUCCUAUUUUUUUUUAUUAGUAAUUUGUCUCCAGAAGUGAAGAUAGUUUACCCAAGCAGGCAUCUCUGUGUAAACAGUCUAGAAGAUUCAGAUCAUUUGACAUAAUUCAUCCACAAUUUUUUGGUGUUUGAUCUGUUUUGUUUCAUUAAACCUUUUUUUUUCUACAAA